UAAGCUCGGUGGUUUUUUUGUUCUUCUUCAUUUCGGAUCACAGAAGAGAGAGAAGAGAGAGAGAGGGACGGAUGGCGAGAGGGAAGAUCCAGAUCAAACUGAUAGAGAACACGACGAACCGGCAGGUGACCUACUCGAAGCGACGGAACGGGCUCUUCAAGAAGGCGAACGAGCUCACCGUCCUCUGCGACGCCAAGGUCUCCAUCGUCAUGAUCUCCAGCACCGGCAAGCUCCACGAGUACAUCAGCCCCUCCACCACAACCAAGAAGAUGUACGACCAGUAUCAGCAGGCGCUCGAGGUUGAUCUAUGGAGCUCUCACUAUGAGAAGAUGCAAGAGAACCUGAGGAAGCUGAAGGAGGUGAACAAGAAGCUUCAGCUGGAGGUCAGGAGGAGGUUUGGGGAAGGAUUGAAUGGCAUGAGCUUUGAGGAACUGUGCGGUCUUGAGGAAGAUAUGGACAACGCCGUUAGCCUGAUCCGCGAACGGAAGUACAAGACGCUCAGCAAUCAAAUCGACACCGCCCGAAAGAAGAAAAAGAAUGCCGAGGAAAUAAACAAACGUCUCCUGCAAGACUGGACUAAUCUGAUCAAGCAUCUGAGGGAGGACGACCCGCAUUUCGGAAUGGUCGACAACACCAGGGACUACGAGGCCGUGAUCGGGUAUUCGGAGGCCGCCGCCGCUCGCUUGCGCUUGUACGCUCUGCGCCUGCAGCCGGACCAGCCCAAUCUUACCAGCGGAGGAGGAUCGGAGAUCACGACCUACCCUUUGCUCGAGUGAGACGACACCCCUUCGGAUAUGUCCUCACUUUGUCUAAGGGCCGAUUCGAUCUAGAAUCCGGACUUUAUCGGUAUAUCGACGUUUAGGACUUUGUUAUGUUAUCAUGUUCGGUGACUAAGUUUGUUCUUAUCAGAAGCAGUUCCCGUUAUGGACCGGGCCAAUUUCCUCAAGGACAUCACGUGUUUAAGACAGUCUCUAAC